AUGUCUGACAACAAGCAAGCCCCUUCCACUCUCCAAUCGUACGUCGACUCCGCUACUGGUGCCAUUCAAAGUGCUAUCGGCAGCCUGACUGGCAGCACUGGAGACCAGGCCAAGGGCGAUGCAAAGCAAGAUGCGGCCAAGGUUGAGCACGAUGCUUCCAAGGCAGCCAUUAAAGUUCCGGGUGCCACCAUCUCCUCGGACGGAGGUGCCAGCAAAGAUCACCCUGACCGUGCCGCUGGAUCGUGGAAUCAGACCGUUGGCUCUGCUAAGGAAACCGUUGGCGGUUUGAUUGGCAGCGAGAAUCUGAAGUCGGCCGGUCGUCAACAAAACCUCGAAGGUCAACAACAAGAAGCCAAGGGACAGCUCAGCGAUUUGGGUUCAGGGGCGGCUUCUCGCAUUCAAGGAACGGUCGGCGGGGCCAUUUCUAGUUUGACAGGAGAUAAGGAUGGACAGGCUCACUACGACCAGAUGCGUGCUGAUGGCAAGGCUCAGCAGCGUGGUGUUGAACAUGAUGUGGAAAAGAAGGCCGAGGCUGAGGCGAAGAGCAAAAACGAAUGA